CAGAGUGUUAGCCACCGCUGCUAGAUUCCAAUUUAGCUACACAAUAAACCCAGUUUUCUACAAAUUCUACAGUAAACCUUUAAGAUUAGUACUGUUUGUAAGAUCAAUGGCAUCUGGUGGUCAGGAAUUCCCACCACAGAAGCAAGAAACUCAGCCUGGAAAAGAGCAUGCCAUGAACCCAACUCCACAGGCUACUAACGAAGAAUAUAAGCCCGCUAACAAGCUUCAAGGUAGAGUGGCGCUAGUCACAGGUGGUGAUUCAGGCAUUGGGCGAGCCGUAUGCCACUGCUUCGCUCUAGAGGGUGCGACGGUGGCUUUUACGUAUGUGAAGGGUCAUGAGGAAAGAGAUGCAAAGGAUACCCUUGGCAUGUUGAUGAAAGCUAAACAUGCUGAUGCAAAAGACCCGAUGGCAAUACCAGCAGAUCUCGGGUAUGAUGAGAAUUGCAUUAGAGUUGUUGAAGAAGUGGUGAAGAACUAUGGAAGAAUUGAUAUUCUUGUUAACAAUGCUGCUGAACAACACGAGGCAAACUCCAUUGAAGAGAUUGAUGAAUCGAGGCUUGAAAGGGUGUUUAGAACCAAUAUUUUUUCUUACUUCUUCAUGGCUAGGCAUGCUUUGAAACAUAUGAAGGAAGGGAGUUCCAUAAUCAACACAACAUCAGUGAAUGCAUACAAAGGACAUGCUAAGUUACUCGACUACACAUCGACGAAAGGCGCGAUCGUGGCGUUCACUAGAGCACUUGCGUUACAGCUUGUGAACAAAGGAGUACGCGUAAAUGGUGUGGCACCAGGUCCUAUUUGGACCCCUCUUAUUCCAGCUUCUUUCACUGAAGAAGAGACCGUGAAUUUUGGAAAACAAGUGCCAAUGCAGAGGGCAGGGCAACCUAUAGAGGUUGCUCCAUCGUAUGUGUUUCUUGCUUGCAAUGUGGACUCCUCUUAUAUAACUGGCCAAGUCCUUCAUCCCAAUGGUGGAACCAUAGUCAAUGCUUAAUUAAGCUUUUGGAUCAGCCAAUGUAAUUUUGGUGGGUUGGUUAGUUGUUGUUAAAUAGAAUUAAUUAUUAAUAGGAUGGUCUUCUAAUAAUCCAUGUCGACCAGUACAAGGUCACACAUUUUAUGAACAUGACCUCUAACAGAGGCACAAAAUUAAUAAGAUCUCCAUUACAUUUGAUUA